AUGAGUGACUUCGAAACUACAGUCAACGAAUUUAUCUAUGACAACGAAUCGGACGGUACAUGGGAAAAUAUCCAAUACCCAGACACACAAAAAUGUGAGACAAAAUCGUUCUUCAAGGCAACGCCACAACAACUCAAAAUCCGCAUCAUCGUCAACACGCGGUAUUCCAUUCAACAAUUUCAAAUGUUUUUCACGAACAUCACUCUGGUCACAAGCUUAAUUUCAAACAUAUUUUCAACAGAAGAUGUGACAGAAGACCACGUCAAAUUAGUUGGGGUGUCUUACGUUUCAAAGAAACUCGAGGCAGUCACUUUCCGAUACAAAAUUAUUCAACUUGCGUCGUAUGAAACACUUUUGUUGUGUGGGGACUUCAAUCCUAAGCUUUGGGACCACAUCGUCUUGUACGCGAAAGACAUCAAAACACAGACGAAGUUCAUUUUGGAAGUUUCUAUUCCACGAGACAAGUUGAAUGGGAAUUUGGUGGGGAGGGAAAACUCCGACGACAACAUGCAGAUGGUCCACGCUAUUAUUAACGCACAACGACAAGCAAUCCACAACAUAUAUUCAAUCCUCAAUAAAGACAAGGAAAACCCUCGAGUCUUUGUGUUACAGCGACAAUUCCAAAUACAAACACAGUACUGCUUCUCAUUUCCAAAUGUCAUUUUUAACGAGAAAUUUCUGAGCAUUUGCGCCAACUCCGAUUUCUCAGAAAUCAUCGUCAAAGGGUUUUAUUUCUAUAAUUUGCCCUUUCUCACUGUCAUUCGACUCUUCCAAAAAUACGCAAACGCGUCGAUACUGUUCCCUCACAGAAAGAUUCUCGAAAAGAACAAUAAGUUCUGUCUCGAGCACGCCGAGUCACCAUACUUUGGUCGGAAUGUUGUUAAAACUGACUUGUUUCGUGGUAUAUUGUCGCAAGAGAGUGGACUCUUUAUUGGGUGUCAGAGUCUCAACACGGACAUUUGCAAAGUGUGCAACGCGAAGAACCCGUCCGAAAAAUUUUCGGUUGUAUUUAGCGGCGAACAAAUUGAAUGGGACGGAACAGACACACGGUCGUCCUGGUUUUACCACUACUUCACACCCGAGCUCAAAUUGAUGGACAAAGAAACGCGUAAGGCGCUUAUGAAGCAACUGAUAGUCGUGUUUUUAGUCACACGCGUUGUUAUAGUAAGCGACGUUCCUGUGCCGAACCCACCGUUCGAGGGAAAUAUAUUGGAACGCGGAAUUGCCCUUCAAAAACUCGUUCUCCGAACGCAGUUCAGUUGUUUGUUGAAAAGAAAAAUGAAAAAGGAGAACCACUUUUACAACGUCGAAGUCAAAAUGAAUCCAAACACAGCCAACUGUUUUUUACAUGUAAAAAGUGAAGUAAUUGUGAACAUUACGCGAUUUCUUGGAAUAAAGGACAUCUCCCGCUUUGCUCGGACGACAAAACAAAUGUACCAAAUCAUUCGAAACUCGGACGAUGUUUGGAAAAUGAAAUACACCAAAUUGUGCAACAUGGUGAGUUACCAGAAGUACGCGAUUCAGUACACCAAAGCAAAAGAAAGUGACUACUACACGGCAGUAAAGAAAGAACAAAUACUUCUCCACAACUGGGAAAAUGGGAGGAUUCUUCAAAAAAGAAACGUUCCGUUCUCGAACAGCCCCAUCUCGAAAAUAUGUUUUGGGAACCACGGCGAAAUCAUUGUUGGGAGUUACGGUGGGUCGUUGGUUGUUGGGAAAACAGAAGAAGUCGAAAGAGGGACAGUGACACAACGGUUAGUACUCCCGUCGUCGGUUAACAGCUUAGACUUCGAGGUGUACGACGACGUGAUUUUAGUUGCCAAACAGAAUGGGACGAUUGAGAGUUACUCGAACGACGCAAACGAUACAAAAAGUGCGCAUAUCUACAAAUGUGUCACAGACGAAAUGCCGUUGUUCCAAAGAGUCGAUCUUGUAAAAGACAAGACGAUAUUGGGAAUUAACAGUAACGAGGUGUAUCACUACGACACGUUUGCAAAAAGAAUCAAACAGCUCAUCCGACCAGACAGUUACGAGAUUUUGUCGGCUUCUUUUUUCGACGAGCAAAUUGUCAUCACAAACAACUGUGUGGGGACAUUUCGUGGGUUUGACAUGAGGUGUCGCGAAGUCGUUUUCGAGCGGCAAAACCCGGCAAAAGUUCCCGUUGCUUUGGAUUACUUUGGCGAUUAUGUCUUUGUUGGGAAUCAAGAUGGCGAGGUGCAGAUGUUUGACGUUCGGAAAAAGGACUUCUUUGUAGUUCGACCAGUGAACGAGUAUGGAAUAUCAAUGAUCGACUUGUGGAAUAAAAAGGGAGUAGUUGUUGGGGUGGACAAUAAAGUUGCUGGGUUUACGUGUAACGGGAAGUGGAUUGGGUCUGUCCGCCCCAUCCUCAAUCCCUGUCGAAAAAUAGGGUGUGUGCGCAUUGUUGAUGAUGGGCUGUACUGUGGAUUAGAGAAUGGCAAUCUAAUUGUUGUCGACUUCAAACCGAAUGAAUAG